AUGAGUUGUCAGAGCGAGGCUUCGGUCGCAGCCGCCAGCUUGGAGCGAGGACAUUUUUUGCGCACAACCCGAGUUUGGUCCGAAGUGCAGCCCAAGAUAGCGGGCGCGCGUUUUCCACGUGACCGGCCAGAACAUCGGCAGNCCUUUCUCAAGCACGCGCAGGGUCGCUGCGGCGUAAGUAGGGUUUCGAGCGGGUCGACCGCACGGACACAGUUCGCGCGCGGCUUGCGGCGGGCCUAUUCGAACGCUGUGCCGAGUGGAAUGGCUACGGGAGCCUGCCCCACCUCUCAGCUCUCUGUACCUGUGCUGCACCUUGCCGUACUCGCCAGACAAUUUUGCGGACAAAUUUUUAUCUUAGCCUCUGCGAUCUAUCUCUUUCUUGGCAGGGCUCUGUAUCCCUGGACCUGCGGUAUGGCGGUGGGCGGGCCCCGUGACAUCCACGCCAUUUCCAAACUUACAGCCCUAAUGCGAGGAGCCAGCGAUCUAGAAAUCCUGCCUCGCUACUUCACUCGACCUGCGGAGGCCUUUGAGCUCGAGGAUUUGGACCGCUACGACUUGGUCAUGGCGCUAGAUUCGCAGAUUCUGGACGAGAUGCGUCAAAUGGUGGUUUCGGAGCACCAAGCCGGACCGGAUCGAGACUACUACCUCGAGCUGUCCUUCCUGCUGAAGACUGGGGCCGGUGGCCUCAAGGCGAGCAAGGCGGUGGUGGACAUCGCCUCACCCGACCUCUCUUCCCCCGAUGGAGCCGCACAAUGGGAGGCCACCGUGGCUGCUCUCAUCCUCUCGACCGCCAGCCUAGUAAAGUACCUCAUAGAUGCCUACCCGGAAAACCUGCCCCACUGGGACCCCAUAGACUGA